UUACCUGAACUGAGACUUGAAUAUUUACAAGCGAUAUAAAGCGACCUGUAAUCCCAUCCGAUACUGUGCGCGUUUCCAGUGUUUUGACCUCAGCGGGCUUCCGUAGGUGACGGAAAACAGCAUGGCUGCCAUAGAUAUUAUAAGUAUAACACAUUGCUGAGGCAAAUAGCGUUUUUUGGAGAAAUACGUGAAAACGGCAUACCAUCUAGUGCUGUUGGAGCUGGAGAAUUAACCAUGCCUCGAUACGCGCAACUAGUGAUGGGUCCUGCCGGAAGUGGAAAGAGUACUUACUGUUCCACAAUGUUAGAGCAUUGUCAGGCCCUCAACCGAUCUGUACAGGUGGUGAAUCUGGAUCCAGCUGCAGAGCAUUUUGACUAUCCUGUCAUGUUUAUCUCUGGAGUUAUGGCUGCUUUGAGUGCUAUGGUGAUGCUAGAAACCCCACAAGUCAACAUAAUGACCAAAAUGGAUCUACUCAGUCCAAAGGCUAAGAAGGAAAUAGAGAAGUAUCUGGACCCGGACAUGUACUCAAUGAUGGAGGACAACUCUGCAGCUUUGAGAAGCAAGAAAUUCAAGAAAUUAACCAAGGCCAUAUGUGGUUUGAUUGAUGAUUACAGUAUGGUUCGUUUCCUGCCCUUUGACCGCACUGAUGAGGAGGGCAUCAGCAUUGUCCUGCAGCACAUCGAUUUCUCCAUACAGUAUGGUGAAGACCUGGAGUUUAAAGAGCCCAAGGAAAUUGAUGGGGAACCCAGUAACACAAAUUUUGAUGAGUUCUUCCAAGACAGAGAUGAUUCUUAAGCGAGGAGAGAGAUCAUACUUCAAAGCCAGCCAGCCAGACUUCUUCCACUAAUUAAGAGUUUAAUUUAUUUAAACUAUAUUUUGUGUCGCUUUCAUAAAUUCAUUAGUUGAAGGAUGCAGCCGUAACCUGUGCUAUGCCUCAGUCUUUGCAGAGUUUUAUAAAAUGUAAUCCAUUUUUUUUAGAAGUGUGUAUUUAUUUUUGCAGUAAAAAUAUGGAA